AUGGAAAACAUUCAUGGAAUAGUGCAGUUAAUUUUAAACGAAGAAGUGUCUGGAGCAGAGAUAGAAAUGGCACUUAGCACCAUAAAAAAAGAAGAGUAUACCAUUCCAGAGCUACUUCUUCAAGACUAUCUAAGAAUAAAGAACAGAGAACUGCGGCUGGAGAGCAUAGGAUAUACAAGUAAAAAAGAAGAAAUAUCCCGGAUAAUAGAGGAGUGCACAGAGUAUCUUACUGCCAUGAUAGAGCUAAACAAGAACAAAGAGAUAGCUCUUUCAGAUAGAAUAGCCACUUUAAUAGAAAAAACUGUUUCCUCUCAUUAUAUAAUAGGAAGAGAGGAGAAGAUCUAUCUAGCGCAAGAGAAAGAGAAGAUAAAGAGCGCGCUGAAUUAUCAGCCAAGCAUCAACACUGCACUGGUCUACAUAUGUGUGCUAAUACUAAGUAGAAUUGAAAUGAUAAAAAUAGAAAAGAGUAUUUUAGACCUUCCACAAGACACGCUGGAUGGUACAUCCCAGAGCAGUACGACAAGGCCGAUUUCUGUGCAUAAAGUAACCAAUCCAAACCACUCAAUAAGAAUAACAGGCCAAACUACCACGGAAGACAUACAAAAUAUGCUAAGAAGAGACAAUUCGUAUACAAUGACAAUAGAGCAGUAUGGAGAAAGAAUGAUGAAAAUGAUGGAAGAACAAGGAAUAUCACUAAAACCAUCCACUUUAUCCAUGGACGAGCCACAAGACACCGACAUACUCACUGAUCUAGACACCGUUAUAAUUAGCGAUGCAGAUAAAGAAAUAGAAAGAAAAAAUAAAGAAAAGGAUGAGUCUAUCUACGGAGAUGGAAAUAGAAUUGGAAGAAAAUAGCUCAAAGUUAGUUUAAAUUAACCUAAAAAAUCGCAUAUGUUUUAAUCAUACCAGAUAACAACUCCUCAGUAAUAUAACCCGAAUUUCAAAUAUGCAAAUUCUACACGUAUAUUUAAUAAAUAAAAUGUAAAUCCAGUAGCAGUCUGAUUCAUACUCUAGUUUAAUGCAGCGCAAUUUUAUGCAUGCCUGCAGAUUACCCGA